AUGCCAACCCCAUCAUCCAACCCGCCCGCUGAGGCGUCGUCGCCUCGCUCCUACAGCUUCUCGACUUGCCCUGACGACGUCCAACAUCAGCAGCGCCCUUCCUGGCAGUCGCGCGAGGCCGUCCAAGACCACAACGACGACAUGGGCGUUCAGCCCACGCCUGACGCUUCGCCGCUCACCGUUGACGCGCCGCCCGCACCCGAAGGCCCAGCGAGCGACGACACCGUCAUGUAUGAGGGACGAUCAUCCGAUGACCCAUCGACGAGAUCAUCUACCAUGUCUCCCCGACCCCAAUCUGCCAACACCGCAGUCACAUCUCCCAUAUCCAGCGGGCCCAGUUCCGACAUCACCAAGGGUCGAGACGCCGAGAUCGGCAGCCAGCUGAGCCAGGAAUCCUCAAACAACACAAGACAAACCUCCGAAACCGAAACCAUAUCUCGCGCGCCGUCCAGCCGUAGAGGCUCGCCGAACCGCGAGUUGGAGUGGAUUGAUGCGGAUGCGCAAGAAGAUGAGCUCUGGGCUCCAUCGAUGGGAGCCGACUUCUCGUGCAUGCGGACAAUUCCUUCAUCACCAUCAUCAUACCUGCGCUCGGGUAGCCGAUUCCACGGCACACAGCAAUCUGAGCGUCAAGUCUACGAUGUUCAGGUUGAGAUCAAGCAUGUCGACAUGCGCGAGUCUUUUCUCUGCGGAUAUCUCCGCAUUCAAGGCUUAACUGAGGACCACCCAACUCUCACGACAUACUUUGAAGGCGAGAUCAUUGGGUCCAAAUACAGCUUCUACACCCAGCAUGACAACUGGGGUGCAAACAGCAAGGUUGACUUGAGCCACUGGGCCAAGUUCGCCGCCUUCCGCCCAUUCCAGAAGCAGGCUCGAAAGGGUCCCGUCACGAUCCGUGAUGCCGCUCAGAGGGAAACCAUCUUUAUGCGGUGGAAGGAACACUUCCUGGUCCCCGAUCACAGAGUCCGCACCAUAACAGGUGCCAGCUUCGAGGGCUUUUACUACAUCUGCUUCAACCAAGUUAAGGGUGAAGUCAGCGGCAUCUACUUUCACUCCAAGAGCGAAAAGUUCCAGCAACUGGAGCUAAAGCAUGUCCCUGACCGGGGCUGUUUUGCCGCAACCGAAUUUCGUUGA